GCCGGGCAACAGCUGCCAACGGCGCGUUGCGCUCUUGCAAAAUGAGGAGCCGGAGGGAGGUCCCCGGAGUAGGAUUGAAACGGCGCACCCGGAAAGUCGCGGUUGGUCCGUAGUGGUGGUCCGGCGGUGUUUUGUGAGUGGCCCGGGUCGGGGCGCCGAGCGCGAGCAGUGGUGGGUUCUCUGAAGAGCCAUCCGGAUUACGACUGCUCAGGAUGACGUAAAUCUGGAGCUGUGGAACUGCUUCAGCAACGAGGCUUCUUGAGAAGCAAGACAACGGAUUGCGCACCGGACCAAUUCUGUUGUCAUCGAUGGACUAUGCCCAUGUGGGCGUAUCUAUAGAUUUCACUUAGUCGUAGCCAUCUUUCUUGACACUCAAAGCACCUGAUGCCCAUCGAGAAGGCAUCUUGAUGCCCUACGGAGAACCUCUCGGAAAUCUCAGUAGAAUUGCAGCGAGAGGUUUUGUCAUGAACCUGUCACAUCUUUCAUAUCCACCACCUGGUGUAGGCUGUCGCCGUUUCAAGGUUGCCCAGGACGGCGACAUUGACCAGUGAAGGUUCAGCUUUCUGAUUUACUAUUUUUUGUAUGUGCUAAAGCCUUCACAAAGCUAGUGCUCUUAAGCGUUGCUAACUUCGAGCAUCAAGGUCUUGCUGCGGCUUCAGCCACUGCAAGUCCCACGCAAGCCUUUCACAUUACCAGGUGCACUUAGAAUAUAUGUUUUUGAAGGUAAUAUGAGCAGAAGUUUGUUACUUAGACUGUAGUUUGUAGCGCAAACAGCUUUGUUCGCGCGAACUUGUCACAGCUGGGGUAACGGUCCUACCGUCGGUUCCUUCCUUAGGGGACGGCUGUCGGGUGGUUGGCGUAACUGUGCUUGCGAUUUUAUCGUCUUUUGUGUCCAAUGAAAUAUUAUUUUGUCGCAAAUACUUUGUAUUUUACAGCCUUCUGUACUGUUCAGUAACCACUUUCGUCUACACCAGCAAACUCUCACGGUCUUCGUGACGUGAUACUUCGGUGAAUGCGACUACGCCGCCAUCUGCAGAAAUACAGACACUGACAGCUUAUCACCGUUAAUGGCACGUGCUUCACCUUGCUCAUCGAGAGCCGUACAACACGAGGAGUUAACUCGCAGCACGUCUACUGCCAUCCUUAAAGCUAACGUGCCUUUCUGAACUUGUUAUGUGUAGUCUACCCUGUCGUGUCGUCUCCUUGUGACGUCUGGUGGGUGUGUUGUCUGCUUGCAUCGUCUUACGGUUUUCGUCGUCUGGUAGUCACAUCGUUUGCGUGUGUCGUCUCGCGGUAUCGUGGUCUGCUGUCUGCGCGGGCUGCCUUUAUCGUCUGUGAAUCAUGGGUUCCUCAAAGAAGUCGAGGACCAGCACCAAGAGCAGCAAGAGCAAGACCGGCAGCCGCCGGUCGAAACGCGAGCGCCGAUUUCAGGAGGCCGCGGCCGGGCCGGAAGAGGACCCCAAGGCGGUGCUGCAGAGCGAGCGACGCGCCCUCUUGUGGGCCACUCUGGCCGCCAUGCUGGGCUUCUUCCUGUGGAUCAUCUGCAUCGGCACCGAACAAUGGGUCACCGUAGUGGCGCCCGAGUCGGGUUCCGUGUACGUGAACCGCACCAAGAGUUUCUUCCUGUACGCCAACAUGGGCCUCUUCCGGAUGUGCCGGACCACUGCGCCAGCCAUGCCCAAUGGGACACCCGGAGCCGAGCAGAGCUCCUGCUCCUUCUUCAGCGUGUUCCCGUCGGAGGAAGCUAUCCGGCAUGACAUGGAGAUUGACCGCACAAUUCUUGAAUACACCCGCUCGGAGGUGGCCUUCUGCACCCUGAGCCUCGUCAUGCUGCUCAUGGGCAUCGGAUUCUCUGUGUACACCUUCAAGGAGCACCGGUACAUGUUCAAGAGGCUCGCAGGAGGGGUGCACUUCAUCAGCGCCGGCGUGAUGAUGGUGGUGAUGGAAGUGGAGAACAACUCGGCCACCUACGAGGAGCGCUACCUGACCUCGCGGCUGCCCAAGGGUUGCCGCUGGAACUUUGGCUUCUCCUACUACUUCGCCUGGAUCGUUUUCGGCAUGUACAUCGUCAUCGGCAUCACCUUUAUCGUCUGCUCGCGCAAGCGCAAGGGGCUGCCCGAUUUGCACGACGCGCCGCAGAUCAUCGGGCGGUGACCUUCGAGCCGCGUCGUCUGCUCCGAGUUCGCGCGUGGCUUGCCGGAAAGCCCCGCACGCGGCCGGGUCCCACGGCGUGCUGUUGCUGUCGGCACGGGGAAGCGAGAGCUCAUCAAGGACCUCGCCUGCAGUGGAGAUGAACGUCGUGCUUGCAUAACACGCCUAUUCGGAGUAACGAGGCAUCAGUGAUCCCAGAACGUGUAAAUGCUGCGGUCUAAAAAAAAGAAGAAAGCGCUGACUGUUCAGUCCGUAAGCUUUCGUCUUUCUUGUGGACUUUUUCCACUCGAUUUCAUCUGGCGCACGCUAACACGUCGCAGGAAGAAAUAUUUCGUUAAUGUUUGUAUACAGUGCCAGAAGUAUGAAACGGUACACGCGAGCGCGUGCCCAAGCUCGAGCUGCGGAUUGUUUAAAUAGCCAAAAGCGUGGCAGUUUGGGCGAGUUGGUAUGUCAUGACUGUUUUAGGCUUGUAGCGCAGCUCGGAAGAGCAAAAAAAAAAGGAGGUAGGGGUAAUCAAAGGGAACGGAAAACAGAGUGAGCGCUAACUUCCAACUGACGGUUUAUUUCAUGACACAGGACUACUUAUACACUCGGUAAACCAUAUGACAUCAAGAGAUAAAGAAACCGAGCAACAAAACCGAUAGUAACCAAGUGGUAACAUAUUCAGACAGCCUGUGGCUGCAGUCGGAGAUAGGCCAAUUCAUUGCUUGAUAAUGAUAAUGAAGGUGAGCUUACACAUGCAUGGCCCAGACCAAUGAUAGCCCUUGCUUCGAUGAUUUCUCUUGUGAGCUGAUUACGACUGCGACCAAGAAUGACGCAUUCCUCUAAGACAGGUUCGCAACCACACGUAUUGCAGUGCUGCGCAAGAAUCCCCCCAGCUGUAAUACAAUUCCUGGCAUUGUAACCAUGUUCGCGCAGCCUGUCAUUCGACAUCGGCCAGUUUGACCAACGUAACGUUUUCCGCACUUGAGUGGAAAACAAUAAACAACACAAUGUGCGCACUCUGUUUUCCGUUCCCUUUGAUUACCCCUACCUCCUUUCUUUUUUGCUCUUCCGAGCUGCGCUACAAGCCUAAAACAGUCUGUUUAAAUAGCCAAAAACUGUUCGUAAACGCGAAAGCGUGCCCUCUCAAGUUGUGACAUAGCAGUUUUGCAACCGGAGUUUCCGAACAGGCCGCUCAAAGACGUGCUAGUGCGCUAGUUACGAACACCGCUGUGCUACGACGCAGCAGGCCGUGCCGCUCUCCUGGAGUGGUGCUCUGGACAUGGUAUUGGCAAUUAGCGUCAUAUUGUCGAAUUCACCAUCUUGACUGUUCUGACUGGGUCGUGAAGCUGCUGCCGCUCCUAAACGCCGCCAUUGCAGAAUAGGCGAUAUGGCGGAAUUCGACUGUGUCCAGGAUUGAAACCUUCGGAUGGCGAACAUUUUUCAUAUAAUCAUGCUGAUUGUACUCCGCAAGAAAUUAAACUUCAAAUAAUCGCAUUUUUGCCACGCGGUAAUUUUCGUCGCUAAUUCCAACUGAACUCUCUUUUACCGCCAUUCUGCGCGAUUCCUGUCUCUGCUACUGCAGUGCGCACUUGCGUUCUUGAGUAAAUGACGGCAAUAGGUUACCAAUAGAUGGGGUCUCUUUAUGUCUCUUUUUUUUUACAGAAAGCGAAGGGAACUUGGAUGCAGACUAUUGCGUAACUCACAAGAAAGGCGCCAAUUUUUGCUGCGACAGAUUUUUAUCACCCACGAGCUCGUUGUCAGCUCCGGAAGGCAGUGCUUGUCGGCAGUCACGGCUGCUCCCUAUGUCAGUCACAAGCUAACAGUGCCACUGCUGCGGUCAGUGCAGCAACAUAGCCAUGCCUUCCCGACGCGUUCAUGUGGAUCAUAUUGAAGUGGUCUUGGUAUGCGAACCAUGCGGCUGUGUUGCUCGCGGCUGUGUCGUGAGCGUUUUCUAAAUGCCAGCGCACCCAAUAAACGAAGUGUUCGCAGAAGAUAAAACAGGUGUUUAAGUAAAAAAAGUGCCACGAUAGCGGAAGGUAGGUGCUGGUUUUAACGCAAAGCUGGCGAUGUGAGCCUCAGCGCACGCCUGUACAAGCUGUUCGAGUGGAGCGGUAAAGCAAAUGACAAGACACGUACACACAGAAGGAGAAAACGCACCGAACUGGGAGGAACAGAAACGCACACGCAUGCACAAACACCCGCACUCAAAGAGGCACGCACAGGAAUGUGUACGCACGCACACACACACACGCACACACGCACACGCACACGCACACACACUGGAUCGUUUGCGAAAUCUCGUUGAAUCUUUUGCUACACAGGAGACCGGAAACAUUUUUGUUGAGUGGAGAUCGAUGGCACUACACACCAACAAUGUUACACAGCUCGAAGUGCCACUUCACGAAUUUAACGUAGCGCAGGCGGAAAAGAGGGAAAAAACUGUGCCCUCUACGGUCUGCCCGUACUUCCCUCUUUAUACUCAGCGGUGAUUGUGUAUGCUGCCUUUUUAUUGAUCAUGAUGUUUCGCUGGUCACCUUGGAGGAAGCACAGAAAGUACGAACAGCCAGUUGUCGUAAAACGCCUAAUAUAAGCACAUAUCCAGUGUCACAUUUCAACUGGGCUUUUCCGUCAGCGCUGAAGACAAUCCUAAACAGCUGUCCACAGCCUGACUUGCACGUCUAUCUUGCCGUGCAUCAGCCACGGAAUGCACACGUUGACCUUGUUGAAACAAUUACUGCUGUCAGAAGGUCUCGUCAGAGGGCUUGAUGCAGUCUUUUUUCUUUGAAUAAAGUGACUUGUUACUUGUGAAGAAA